GUACAAGUUGGUACCAAUGACGGGUCCUAAUUUCAGGUGCCUUUAUCUCCCACAUACCAGGCUCUUCCGUUUCGCAGACCACUAAAGAAAAAGUUCAGCUCUCUUACGCAGUCACGCCUCUUCGCGAUUCUUGCUCCCGACAGGAAUUCCUCUUUUUCGUCAGAUUAGCCGAAGCGUUUGCUAUUUUGAUUUUGAUCUGAAGAAGAACGAGCACCGGAUCUGAGGAAGAAUGUCUUACGCUUACCUUUUCAAGUACAUCAUAAUCGGAGACACUGGUGUUGGGAAAUCAUGCCUUCUAUUGCAAUUCACGGACAAGAGGUUUCAACCUGUACAUGAUUUGACUAUUGGUGUUGAGUUUGGUGCUAGGAUGAUUACCAUUGAUAACAAGCCGAUCAAAUUGCAAAUAUGGGAUACGGCAGGUCAAGAAUCAUUCAGAUCCAUUACAAGAUCCUACUAUAGAGGAGCAGCUGGUGCAUUGCUGGUAUAUGAUAUUACCAGGAGAGAAACAUUUAAUCAUCUUGCAAGCUGGCUUGAAGAUGCAAGACAACAUGCAAAUGCUAAUAUGACUAUUAUGUUAAUUGGAAACAAAUCUGAUCUUUCUCAUAGAAGGGCUGUAAGUAUUGAGGAAGGCCAACAGUUUGCCAAAGAACAUGGACUUAUUUUUAUGGAAGCUUCUGCAAAAACUGCACAGAAUGUUGAGGAGGCAUUCAUUAACACAGCAGCAACCAUCUACAAGAAGAUUCAGGAUGGUGUGUUUGAUGUGUCAAAUGAGUCUUAUGGAAUCAAAAUUGGAUAUGGAGGAAUACAAGGUCCAGCUGGAGGAAGGGAUGGAUCUUCAUCCCAGGCUGGUGGUUGCUGCAAUUGAGCACCCUUCACAAAAUUCAUGUAUUGUGAUUAUUAUCUCUCAUCUAUUAUGUAAUUCAUGUUUAGACUUUUCAUUACUCUGCAACUUCCUUUUUUUUUUUCAAACUUUCUGUGUACAUCUAUUUGCUUGCUUCCAAUCUAUGUAUAUCUCUUUCUGUAAUGCUUCUCAUUGCAAAAAUUUCAGCAAUUUUAUCUGUU